GGUCGAAGAUCAACCAGCAUUCAACGAGAAUGAUUGCAUAUGUGCUUCUCAUCGCGGCCGUUGGAUUGUGCCUGCGAUUCAUCGUCUUUCGUUACAAAAUCUAUUGUGCUAUUAGUAAGGAACCGGGACCAUCCCUCUCAUUUCUGUUUGGCAACGCACUGGAAUUGAUACGCUAUGACACUGCCGAAUUGUUUGAUAAGCUGAUGGAAAACUUUCAUCAAUACGGAACAACCGUCCGUAGGGAUCUACUGACUAGAGCCUGGAUAAUAUUUUCCUCACCUAGUGAUAUUGAGCGCAUCAUUUCGUCCAACGAGUACAAUCGCAAGUCAAGCGAAUAUGAUGUUGCACAGGAAUGGCUAGGUAAUGGAAUUCUGCUCGACCAUGGCAACAGCUGGUUCACGAAUCGGCGUGCUCUCACUGGAGCGUUUCAUUUCAAGAUUCUCGAUAGUUAUGUGCCUGUGUUCGAGAAGCAAGCGGAUGUGCUGGUGCGUAAGUUACUGGCCACUGCUGGCCAACCGGUGGAUAUCUUCCCCAUAGCUAAGCUGUACACACUUGACGUCAUCCUCGAGACAUCUAUGGGCGUGCAAUGUGAGGCGCAGAUUAAGGAUUCGGAAUACGUGCGUGCUGUCUCAAAUCUGAGUCAUAUAACAUUCUGGAGAAUGUAUAACCCACUCGGUUAUUCAGAUUGGACCUUUCGCUGGACUAAGCAUUACCCGGUGUACCGAAAGUCGCUACAGAUAAACAAAGAAUUCACCUCGUCGAUCAUCAGGAAAAGGCGAACAAAGUUGCUCGCUACUGCCUCGGACAAUGACAAACCAGAAAAGGGACGACUUUCGCUGUUGGACAUCUUGUUGCGAUCAGAUUUAACUGGUCGCCAGUUCACCGACCAGGAAGUUUACAGUCAAGUGAACAAUUUUAUGUUUGCGGGUCAUGACACUACAUCAAGUGCUAUCACCUUCAUUCUUUAUUGCUGUGCCAAAUAUCCUGAUGUACAACAGAGAGUGUACGAAGAAAUUAUUGCUGAGAUACCAACCGGAAAGCCGAUCGAUCAGCAAUGUAUCAACAACCUCAAGUAUCUCGAGCUCGUGAUCAAGGAAUCAUUGCGCAUGUUUCCUCCGGUUCCAUAUUAUUCCCGCUCGAUCGAUAAAGAAACGACGUUCAACGGUAUCCGAAUGCUGAAGGGCUCAACAAUUACCCUCGGGGUGUAUAUGUUGCAUCACAAUCCUGACUAUUUCCCACAGCCAGAGUUGUUUUUGCCCGAAAGGUUUGAGCAGGCCGAGCCACGUAACCCGUUCUCGUACAUUCCAUUCAGCGCCGGAAGUCGUAACUGCAUUGGUCAGAAAUUUGCUCUCAACGAGCUGAAAACAGUGAUGGCAAAGGUUUUACGUGAAUGUAAGGUGGAGUUACCAGAUCCUAAUUUUGUGCCGAAGUUAAAAAUGGAACUGGUCCUGAAGCCAGUUGACGGCGUGCAUCUGUGCUUUAUUCCGCGUACCGCUGAGUAAAUGGAUCUGGCCUAACGACAUGAAACAAGAAGGGCAAGGAAAAAACGAGCGAAUGGUGUUUCUGUCAAUCACAUUGAGAAAUUCGAAAUAAUAUCACAUUGUGAAUGUAAGUCUGUGCACGGGGUUAGUGAUAUCGAUACAAUAGGCAUUUAGGAACACAAAAAGAUUAACUGGUAAAAAAUCAACUUUACUUCAUGAACUAG